GAGUAGAUUUUGAUUUCAAUUUACAUCUUUGAAUCGAUUUGAAAGAACAGAAUUGAAGGGAAAGAAAGUCCAAAGAAGGAAAAAAAUACAGUUAGCUGCACCACAAAUGGCGGACGCCUUUUGUUCAGACUGCAAGCGGAAUACAGAGGUUGUUUUGGAUCACUCGGCCGGUGAUACGGUGUGUUCGGAGUGCGGGUUGGUAUUAGAAUCGCAUUCCAUCGACGAGACAUCAGAGUGGAGAACCUUCGCCAACGAGUCCGGUGAUAAUGAUCCUGUCCGUGUCGGCGGUCCAACUAAUCCGCUUUUGGCGGAUGGCGGUUUAUCCACCGUUAUCGCUAAGCCCAACGGUGCUUCUGGAGAGUUCCUUUCGUCAUCGCUGGGUCGGUGGCAGAAUCAUGGGUCGAAUCCGGAUAGGGGGUUGAUUAUCGCUUUCAAGACAAUUGCUACCAUGUCUGAUAGGUUGGGGCUUGUGGCUACCAUCAAGGAUCGAGCCAAUGAGAUAUUUAAGAAGGUGGAAGACCAGAAGUCUAGUAGAGGAAGAAAUCAGGAUGCGUUGUUGGCUGCUUGCCUAUACAUUGCUUGUCGACAAGAGGAUAAGCCACGCACUGUCAAGGAAAUUUGCUCUGUCGCCAACGGAGCCACAAAGAAAGAAAUUGGACGAGCAAAAGAAUACAUAGUGAAACAACUGGGAUUGGAGACUGGUCAGUCCGUGGAGAUGGGAGCCAUUCAUGCUGGUGACUUCAUGAGGCGUUUUUGUUCCAAUCUCGGCAUGAAUAAUCAAGCAGUUAAAGCUGCCCAGGAGGCAGUUCAGAAGUCCGAGGAGUUUGAUAUAAGGCGAAGCCCUAUAUCAAUUGCAGCAGCAGUUAUUUAUAUCGUAACACAGCUUUCAGAUGAUAAGAAGCCUCUUAAAGAUAUUUCAGUUGCUACGGGAGUUGCAGAAGGGACGAUCCGGAAUUCGUACAAGGAUCUUUAUCCCCAUGUAUCAAAGAUAAUACCGAACUGGUAUGCCAAGGAAGAAGAUCUGAGGAACCUAUGCAGUCCUUGAAUUAUAGAACAGACAAUAAUGUGAAUACCCAAAAGAAGAAUGGAAUUGCUCA